ACCUGUAAGAGAGGGCCCGCUCUGCUACUAAAAACCAUGUGAUAUGUCAUUUUGUAUGGCUUGUCGCUGUUUUAGUGGAGCAAAAAUAACUGCUGUUGUUGCGGUCUGCUUCAAUUGUCCUGCUUCACUGCUCAUAGCCCUUUCUCUUAACCCUCUCUCCAUAUAAGGCAUAUUCUACUCUCUUCUCAGUUGAUCUACAUGAGUAGCAAACCCUGGUACUGUUCUCUGGUAACCACCAGGCAGUCUAUUGCUGAGCUGCAGGAAAAGGAGCUUCCUGAGCUGAGGAACCGGCUACAGAAGGUGAACCGGAACAUGGAGAGGCUGAAAGGGGAUGUGGAGGAGCAGGAAACCCUGCUGUCCACACUGAUGUCAGAGGAGGACACAGCCAAGACCUGCCUGCGGGACAUCUCCUUCAUGGACAGAUAUCAGGUGAGAAGUAUCUGGUUCUGAUGAAGAGGCAGAAGCAAGACAGACAGGCAGACAGGCCAGCGUCUGGGACAGGCAGACAGGCCAGUCCUGCCAUGGCCCUUGGCCUCAGCCCAGUGGGAAGGGUUGCGGGACUCAUCUCUCUCCAGUCCGCAGAGGAAGUCAGACCCGCAGCCUAGCCUGGGAAAGAGGGCAGAGAAGAUGACCCCGUGACAUGGUGUGGAGGAAGCCCCAGCAAUACUGUCAGAGCCAACCAAACAGGAACACAAGCCGGAGAUAAAUAGCAUCGAAGAACGAAUGAAAAGCAAGACAGGUUUUGAAAGGGAGCUUAUCAGAUCCACAGAAGAGGGCAAGGAUGACUACAGAGCAAAAAAGAAGGAGAGCUCCAACAUGGCAUUUCCUGUCUAAAGUUCUGCUCAUCUGGCAACACUUGGUUUCAACACUUAAUCUGAUAAAGGAAACGGAAGGAACUGUACUUGCUGGUCUUACCAAUAGUUUAGACAUCAAUGCCUGGAUGUGACACUCUCACCUAAACUCACUAUUCAUUCUUGUGGGCGAAUCAUCCUACCACAACAUUUCCAGUGUUUGACGUAUCUGAUUCUCUGCCUUCCCCUUCAAGAUAAUAAUUGAAUUUACAAGUUUACUUUAUUUCAAUAACUUUUCUAUUUCACAACUACUGCAUACUUUUGGUUUGUGAAAUUGCAACAAUACCUAGCAACAGGUGAUUAGGCUACAAACAUACAGUUCUUUCAGAAAGUAUUCCUACACCUUGAUUUAUUCCACAAUUUGUUGUUUUACAGUUUGAAUUCAAAAUGGAUGAAAUAUAUUUUACUCUCACCCAUCUACACACAAUACCCCAUUAUGGCAAAGUGAAAACAUAUUUUUAGAACAUUUUUUAUUAAAAAUGCACACCUGCAUUCUGAAAUAUUUGCAUAUUAUUAUUUAGAAAAUACUUCAAGCUCUCCCAUGUUGAUUGUUGACCAUUGCGAUACAACCAUUUUCACGUCUUGCCAUAGAUCUUCAAGUAGAUUUAAAUCAAAACUGUAACUAGGCCACUCAGGAACAUUCAAUGUCUUUGGUAAGCAACUCCAGUGUAUAUUUGGCCUUGUGUUUUAGGUUAUUGUCCUGCUGAAAGACGAAUUAGUCAAAUCAAAUCAAAUUUUAUUUGUCACAUACACAUGGUUAGCAGAUGUUAAUGCGAGUGUAGCGAAAUGCUUGUGCUUCUAGUUCCGACAAUACAGUAAUAACCAACGAGUAAUCUAACCUAACAAUUCCACAACUACUACCUUAUACACACAAGUGUAAAGGGAAGAAGAAUAUGUACAGUACAUAAAGAUAUAUGAAUGAGUGAUGGUACAGAACGGCAUAGGCAAGAUGCAGUAGAUGAUAUAGAGUACAGUAUAUACGUGAGAAGAGUAAUGUAGGGUAUGUAAACAUUAUAUAAAGUGGCAUUGUUUAAAGUGUCUAGUGAUACAUUUUUUACAUCAAUUUUUCCAAUAUUAAAGUGGCUGGAGUUGAGUCAGUAUGUUGGCAGCAGCCACUCAAUGUUAGUGGUGGCUGUUUAACAGUCUGAUGGCCUUGAGAUAGAAGCUGUUUUUCAGUCUCUCGGUCCCUGCUUUGAUGCUCCUGUUCUGACCUCGCCUUCUGGAUGGUAGUGGGGUGAACAGGCAGUGGCUCGGGUGGUUGUUGUCCUUGAUGAUCUUUAUGGCCAUCCUGUGACAUCGGGUGCUGUAGGUGUCCUGGAGGGCAGGUAGUUUGCCCCCGGUGAUGCGUUGUGCAAGUGUCUGUUUGAAAGCAGACUUAUAGCUGUUUGCUUAUAGUUGUAUUCCAUAUAUUUUUAUCCUAAAAAACUCCCUAGUCCUUGCCGAUGACAAGUAGGCUUUGGCAGUUGUUAGAGGAAAUGAUGGUUGAAAUGACUAAUUAUGUAUACAUUCCAAUCAGAACUGACUAGUCCAAAUGCUAUAAUGUACUGUACAUAUGAAUUUUCUCUCUUGCUCCCAUUCCCAAUUGUAUAUAAUGUAGUCAUGAGUUUAGUAACAAUGAAGGUCUGUUCCUUAGUUCAUUCAUUUGUACAAUCUCCAGGUGGCAGGAACGGCCUAUCUCCAGACUGUCUAGAAUGCUGAUUUAUACUGACUGACCUUGACUUCAGGCAUAGAGCGAAGGCUCGAGAGCUAGAGGGCCUCUCUACUGGUGAACGUUUAGAAAACGCUGACGUCAUUUUCAGUUUAUAACCUGUGGAAAUAUGUGUAUGUGGUAGUACUCUCUUGAAUUAAACGCUGUUACCUGGCUUUUAAGACUGGUCUCGAUCUACUUCAUGCAUAAUUAAUGAAUUACAAAUCAUUAAUGAAAUAGAAAGAGUGCGAAUUUGGUUUUGGCUACCAAACAUAUAGGAAUUUAAAAUUCCACUAACAGCAGUAUACCGUAUAUACCAUACACCAGGAUAUUUGGAAAUAGCCACCGUAUGGUUUUUCAAUAGAUUUUAAUAUUUGUAGCUAUUUAUUAAGUAAAUACCUGCAGUCAACUUUUGCAAUGCGUUAGAAUAUAAAGCAGAUUGCGUUCUUCAUUUCAGCCUUCAUGGAAAUUUGAUAUUACUUAUGCUAAUUUUCUUAGCAUUCUGAUCAUGUUCUUUGGCACCCCCUUGUGUACUAAGCCAGUAAUACCGUAAAUCCCAGGGUGAGAGAAGGACCGUAUGAAAAUCUGGAUACCACCCAAAGCUAAUUGUAUUUAUUUUAAUGUUAAUGUUUUACCUUUAUUUAACUAGGCAAAUCAGUUAAGAACAAAUUCUUAUUUUCAAUUAUGGCCUAGGAACAGUGGGUUAACUGCCUUGUUCAGGGGCAGAACGACAGAUUUUUACGUUGUCAGCUCAGGUAUUUGAUCUUGCAACCUUCCGGUUACUAGUCCAACGCUCUAACCACUAGACUACCUGCUGCCACAAUGACAAGCUAAUGACAAGCAUACCCAUAACAAGAUGCAGCCAUCACCAUGCUUGAACAUGUUAAGAGCAGUACUCAGUGAUGUGUUGUGUUGGAUUUGCCCCAAACAUAACGGUUUGUAUUCAGGAAAAAAGUAAAUUUCUUAGCCAUUUUUUUAUGCAGUUUUACUGAAGCGUCUUGUUGCAAACAGGAUACAUGUUUUGGAAUAUUUUUAUUCUGUACAGGCUUCCUUAUUUUCACUCUGUCAUUUAGGUUACUAUUGUGGAGUAAUUACAAUGUUAUUGAUCCAUCCUCAGUUUUCUACUAUCACAACCAUUAAACUCUGUAACUGUUUUAAAAUCACCAUUGGCCUCAUGGUGAAAUCCCUGAGCAUUUUCCUUCCUCUACAGCAGUGGUCCCCAAACUCUUUAUAGUCCCGUACCCCUUCAAACAUUCAACCUCCAGCUGCGUACCCCCUCUAGCACCAGGGUCAGCACACUCUCAAAUGUUGUUUUUUGCUAUCAUUGUAAGCCUGCCACACACACACUAUACAAUACAUUUAUUAAACAUAAGAAUGAGUGUGAGUUUUUGCCACAACCCGACUCAUGGGAAGUGAUAAAGAGCUCCUAUAGGACCAGGACACAAAUAAUAAUAUAAUAAUAAUCAAUCAUUUUGCUCUUUACUUGUUCAUCGAAAAUUGUGAAUAACUCACCACAGGUUAAUGAGAAAGGGUGUGCUUGAAAGGAUGCACAUAACUCUGCAAUGUUGGUUGUAUUGGAGAGACUCUCCGUCUUAAAUCAUUUUCCACACAUGCUAGUUUUAGAGUUUAGGUUUAGGUUUACAUGCUAGUGAGGGCAGAGAAUCCACUCUCACAUUGGUACGUGGUUGCAAAGGGCAUCGGUGUCUUAACAGUGCAAUUUGCCAAAGCAGGAUACUUUGAGCGCAGCCCAAUUCAGAAAUCUGGCAGUGGCUUCUGAUAAAAUUCAAUUUUCACAGAACCGCUUGUUGCAAUUUCGAUGAGGCUCUCUUGUUCAGAAAUUGAUAAGUGGACUGGAGGCAGAGCAUGAAAGGGAUAAUGAAUCCAGUUGUUUGUGUCAUCCGUUUCAGGAAAGUACCUGCGUAAUUGCGCACCCAACUCAGGUGCUUCGCUAUGUCACAUUUAACGUUGUCCGUAAGCUUGAGUUCAUUUGCACACAAAUCAUACAAUGAUGGAAAGACCUGUGUGUUGUCCUUGUUAAUGCAGACAGAGAAGAGCUCCAACUUCUUAAUCAUAGACUCAAUGUUGUCCCACACAUUGAAUAUAGUUGCGGAGAGUCCCGGUAAUCCUAGAUUCAGAUCAUUCAGGCGAGAGAAAAACAUCACCCAGACAGGCCAGUCGUGUGAGAAACUCGUCAUCAUGCAAGCGGUCAGACAAGUGAAAAUGAUGGUCAGUAAAGAAAAUUUUAAGCUUGUCUCUCAAUUUUUAAAAAUGUGUCAAUACUUUGCUCCUUGAUAACCAGCACACUUCUGUAUGUUGUAAAAGUGUUACAUGGUCACUGCCCAUAUCAUUGCAUAGUGCAGAAAAUACACGAGAGUUCAGGGGCCUUGCUUUUAAAAAAGUUAACCAUUUUCACUGUAGUGUCCAAAAGGUCUUUCAAGCUGUCAAGCAUUCCCUUGGCAUCAAGAGCCUCUCGGUGGAUGCUGCAGUGUACCCAAGUGGCGUUGGGAGCAACUGCUUGCACGUGCGUUCCCACUCCACUAUGUCUCUCUGUUAUGGAUAUUGAAACAUCAGUACAGAUACCAACAUAUCUUGACCACCAAAGUCCAUUUUAUGUCACAAAGCUGUCCAGUACUUUAAAAAUAUCCUCUCCUGUUGUCCUGGUUUCCAGUGGUUUGCAGAACAGGAUGUCUUCCUUAAUUGACCACCCAUAAACGUAACGGACAUAUACCAUGAGCUGUGUCAGGUGCGCCACGUCUGUUGACUCAUCCAGCUGUAACGCAUAGAAUUUAGUGGCUUGUAUGCGAAGCAAUAAUAGUUUCAAAACUUCUCCUGCCAUGUCACUGAUGCGUUGUGAAAGUGUUGUUUGAUGAAGGCAUUGUCUGUAUUGUUUUUUGGGGCAUUUUCCCCCAGCAUUGUCCCAGCCAUGUCGACGGCAGCAGGAAGAUUUAAGUCCUCCACAAUAGUGUGGGGCUUGCCUGUCCUAGCCACUCGGUAGCUCACCUUAUAAGACGCUUCUAGCCCCUUCUUAUUAAACAUAUCUGUUGCUGUUAAAUCAAAUCAAAUGUAUUUAUAAAGCCCUUCGUACAUCCGCUGAUAUCUCAAAGUGCUGUACAGAAACCCAGCCUAAAAUCCUAAACAGCAAGCAAUGCAGGUGUUGAAGCACGUUGGCUAGGAAAAACUCCCUAGACAGGUCAAAACCUAGGAAGAAACCUAGAGAGGAACCAGGCUAUGAGGGGUGGCCAGUCCUCUUCUGGCUGUGCCGGGUGGAGAUUAUAACAGAACAUGGCCAAGAAAUUCAAAUGUUCAUAAAUGACCAGCAUGGUCAAAUCAUAGUUCUGGGACAGGUAGCACAUCCGGUGAACAGGUCAGGAUUCCAUAGCCGCAGGCAGAACAGUUGAAACAGGAGCAGCAGCAAGGCCAGGUGGACUGGGGACAGCAAGGAGUCAUCCUUCCAGGUAGUCCUGAGGCAUGGUCCUAGGGCUCAGGUCCUCCGAGAGAAAGAAAGAGAGAAAGAGAGAAUUAGAGAGAGCAUACUUAAAUUCACACAGGACACCGGAUAAGACAGGAGAACUCCAGAUAUAACAAACUGACCCUAGCCCCCCGACACAUAAACUACUGCAACAUAAAUACUGGAGGCUGAGACAGGAGGGGUCAGGAGACACUGUGGCCCCAUCCGAUGAUACCCCCGGACAGGGCCAAACAGGAAGGAUAUAACCGCACCCACUUUGCCAAAGCACAGCCCCCACACCACUAGAGGGAUAUCUUCAACCACCGACUUACUAUCCUGAGACAAGUCCGAGUAUGGCCCACGGCACGAAUCCAGGAAGAUCACGUCAGUGACUCAAACCACUCAAGUGGCGCAUUACAUAAUAUCCUAGUCAAUGUGUAUUUGUGAGGGGUAUUCGUUAGAAGAAUGUCCAAUAGCGUUGAUUUGUUAGAUUCUCUGGUCUUGUAGGCGCAUUAAUUAAUUGCUCGGGAUUCAGAGAGUCACACAGUUCUUUAAAAGAGUCCGAUUCAGAUGUAAGCAUGUCCCAGUUCAAAUGUCCUAAAAUAAUGAAUUCAGAGUCAUUUAGGUUGUGCAGGACAUCAGAAAAAGAGUUUAGUGCGUCUCCCGAAGCCGAGGGCGGUCUGUAGCAGCCGACUACAGUGAUGUGGGAGUCCUUAUAUACGUUCAAUUUAACCGCAAGCAAUCCAAAAUGUUUGGCUUUGGUAAUUGAAAGAAUUUCAGAGGAGUUCAACUUUGAUUUCACAUAAAUUGCAAUCCCUUCUUCUUUACUCAUCCAAUCCGGUCUAAAAAACUGUGUACCCAUCAAUAGAAAUCGAGUUAUUUGACAGAUUUCUUUAGCCAAGUUUCUGAUAAAACCAUGAUGUCUGUAUUUGUCGUAUCUGCCCAAAUUGUAAACAUGUCUAUUUUUGGAAAUAGACUUCUGACAUUAACAUGCAAGAGGCCAAAGCCUGUUAUGUUUUUUAAAUCCUAGGGAGUCAGUAGAGAUUGCAUGGUAUCUACCGGCCCAGGGUUUGGUCCCACAUUACCAGAGAUCAACAAUAAAAGCAUAACAAUGUGUCUCAGUUGCCCAAUGCGUGAGGAACAGGCAGAGCCAGCACCACUGUCAAUAAAAAUGAGCUGAGCCUUUUUCAGAAAAACUGCACCGUUGUGGAGAAGAGCCAAUGCAACCAGGUGGAGCUCAGGAGACUACUGUCACGCCCUGGCCACAGAGAGGCUUUUUGUUCUCUAUUUGGUUAGGCCAGGGUGUGACUAGGGUGGGCAUUCUAUGUUCAUUUUCUAUGUUUUUGAUUUCUGUGUUGUUUGGCCGGGUGUGGUUCUCAAUCAGGGACAGCUGUCUAUCGUUGUCUCUGAUUGAGAACCAUACUUAGGCAGCCUGUUUUUCCUACUUGAGUUGUGGGUGAUUAUUUUCUGUUUAGUGUGGUUUGCACCUGACGGCGCUGUUUCGGUUGUUUCUUUUGUGCCUUGUUGUAUUUAGUGGUCAGUUUAUUAAAAUAAUGAUGAAUACUUACA